AGGAAGUGGCGGGGCUGCAGUGCAUGAAGCGGAUCCUGGGGAAGGUGCAUGAGAUGAGGGAGCAGAGAGGCUCUCUAGAGAAGCAGCUCCGAGACCUCAUCCAGCAGGACGACAUCACCUCCACCCUGGUCACCACGGAGAGGGCCGACAUGAGGCGUACAUUCGAGGAUCAGCUGAAGAAGUACGAGCAGGUGAAGGUGUACCUGGAUCAGAACCUGGCGGCGCAGGAGAACAUCCUGAAGGCGCUGACGGAGGCCAACGUGCAGUACGCCUCGGUGAGGAAGGGGCUCAGCCAGACGGAGCAGCAGUGGAACGGCACGGUGCAGGGGCUGGUGGGGUCCUACGAGGCCUACGAGGACCUGAUGAAGAAGUCUCAAGAGGGGAAGGAGUUCUACGAGGACCUGGAGGACAAAGCCUCCCGUCUGCUGGAGAGAGCCAAGAUCCUGGCUCAGACCCGGGCCGAGGAGAGGAGGCCCCUCCUGGAGAAAGAGACCCAGAAGAAGCCCCCUGCCCGGCCCACAGCAGCAAAGCCCUCCCUGCAGGCGAGGUCUUCAGACGGAGACUCCGCCUGCUCCAGCCUGGACGACCCGGAGCUGGCCCAGCUGAGCGCCGCCAUCUUGGCUCUGGGGGGCGACCUUCCUGAGGAGCUGCGCAGCCUCCCUCCCGACAUCCCUUCCCUCCCCCCCGGGCACGAACACUACCGCCCCCCCGGAGCUCACCUGGGUCCAGGCUCCCUCCCCUGGCCUGGACCGCGCUUCCCCGCUAACCUGCCCCCCCCCGAGCUGCUGGCCCGGAUAGCACAGUUUCCUACUUCUGGAUUAGCGCCACAGCUCCCCCGCGGCCCCCUCCCUCACAUGGCUCCUCAGAUGCCUCCUCAGUUACCAGGUUAUCGCCCGCCCCACCCUCACGCCCCACAGCCCGGCCUGGUAGCCCCCGCCCCGGUCAGACCCUCCACCACCACAGUGGACAGUAUCCAGGCCCCCAUCCCCAGCUACGCCCAUACCCCGCACCACCCUGGCCACCCUGCAGCAUCCACUGGCUACGCUGUCCCUCCACAGAUGGGGGGGUAUCCCCAGUUUAUGGCUCGACCAGGAAUGCCCAUUCAUGGCGCCCCCCAACCCCAACAUCCCCAUCCCCAACAUCCCCACCCCCAACAUCCCCACACCCAACAACCCCAACAACAACCCCAGCAGAAGCAGCCGUACCCUCAGGCCAUGGGGCAGCCGCUGCCUCAGGGGUACCAGCCCGGGCCGGGACUUGUUCCUGGACCCCACCCUCAUAUGCAGGCUCAGCAGGGGUACCAGCACGGAUACAUGCCCCCCCAGCCUGGCGUUCCUCCACACUACCAGCAGGCGUUUCCAGGUCAGCUGCAGCCACAUCAGCAAAAUGGCUACCAGCCCCAGCCCCAGAUACCCCAGGGCUACCAGCCCCCCCAAGGCUACCUCCCCCAGCAGCACCCUCACAUGAUGCCAAGGCCCCCUCAAACUGUUCCUCAACACAUACCCCCCACUUCUCAGCCUGCACCUCCUACAUCCCAGCCCUACAUGCCCCACCAACACCAACACCAACAGAUGCCCCCUGGACUUCCUCACCCACACAUGAUGCCCCAACAGCAGCAGAUCCCUCCCCACCCACAAAUGCACAUACCAGGCGGUCCCAGAGUACAAAUGCCCCCCACAAGUCAGCAAAUGCCCCCGGUCUCCCAGCACUACAUGCCCCCCGGUAACCAGCCCCUUCACCCCAACAUGCGGCCACAGAUGCCUCCAGCCUCACAGCCUCAUAUGGUCCACAUGCCGAGGGGCCCCAUGCCACAGAUGCCCCCUCACCACCACCCCGGACAGCCUCCAAUCACAAACAUGCCCCAGCAGCCCAUGCAGAUGCCCGGUCAGGCUCCGCCCCCUCAUCCUGGGGGGAUGUGCUACCCUGGAGGGUCUCCGAUGAUGCCUCAGCAGCCUCUGGCCCCCCAGCAUGCCGCCCCCCAACAACCUCAGGCUCCCAUGAUUCACCCGCAGCCCUCUCCUAUGUACCCCCCAGCUGCAGGACCUAAUGUACCCCCGAGUGCCCCCCAGCAACCGCCUGCCAUGGGUCCACAAUGCCCCCCCGCCCAACACAUGAUGCAGCCCACUCCUGGAGGCCCUUCAGUGCCUCAGCCUCCCAACAAUGUCCCUCCUUCCCCAUCUCCUUCCCCCUCCCCAUCUCCCUCCCCAGGUCCUACCUCUCUGAGUCUGAAUCCCCAGCAGAGACCCACACCAGCCCCCCCCCCCGGAGCUCCUCCCACCCUCCCCUCCCCCUCCACUGCCUCUCCCUCCACCUCUCUGUUUCAGCGCCAGAACUCAAGCACGGACGACCUUCUCUCUUCGAGCCCUGAGAGCAUUCCCGGAGGCACCAAGCCCCCCACCAACGUGCUCCAGCCCACCAAGGCUGACCCCCAGGACGGGAAGAAAAGCUCCCAGGCGGUGCUCCUGAUCCAGGGAGACCCUUACCAAGCUCCAGAGCGCGUCGCCCGUCUUCACGGUGAACUGGAACGUUACCGGGCCAAGGUGGACUCCCUGGAGCAGCCCUCAGAGAGCGAGGGGGGGCUGUCGGUGCUGGACGCCCGCUGGAGAGAGCUCCAGGACCAGCAGGAGAAGGACGCGCGCCAACGCUCCAUCGCUAUCGCCCGCUGCUACACCAUGAAGAACCGUCACCAGGAUGUGAUGCCCUACGACCUGAACCGUGUAUUGCUGCAGUCGGGGAAGGACGACUACAUCAACGCCAGCCUGGUGGAGGACCUGUCUCCGUACUGCCCGCGCCUCAUCGCCACGCAGGCCCCGCUCAGCGGCACCGCGGCAGACUUCUGGCUGAUGGUGUACGAGCAGAAGGUGUCCCUGAUCGUCAUGCUGGUCUCAGAGCAGGAGCUGGAAAAGGGGAAGGUUGUGCGAUACUUCCCGACGGAGCGGGGCCAGCAGGUCGCUCAGGGGCCGAUCACGCUCAGCCUCACCACGCAGAAGAUGGCUCCGACUCACGUGGAGCGCAUGAUCAGCCUGCAGUACCGCGACCAGAGCCUGAAGCGCACCGUGGUCCAUCUGCAGUUCACCUCCUGGCCCGAGCUGGGUCUUCCUGAAAGCAAGAGCAACCUGCUGCGCUUCAUCCAGGACGUUCACGGACACUACCUGCACCAGAGGCCCCUACACACACCUGUUGUGGUGCACUGCAGCUCGGGGGUGGGACGCACCGGCGCCUUCUGCCUGCUGUACGCCGCUCUGCAGGAGCUGGAGGCGGGCCACGGGAUCCCUGACCUGCCUGUGCUGGUGAAGAAGAUGAGGCAGCAGAGGAAGAACAUGCUGCAGGAGAAGCUCCACCUGAAGUUCUGCUACGAGACGGUGCUGAAGCACGUGGAGCAGGUCCUGCAGAGACACGGCAUCACCACCCCCACCUCCACCCCCACCCCCACCUGCAGCCGGACCAAGCCUUACUCCAGACAGGAGUCCCAGCAGGACAUUGUCCUCGGUGGGGACAUGCCCAUCAGCUCCAUCCAGGCCACCAUCGCCAAACUCAGCAUCCGCCCCCCCAGCGCCACAGACCCCUCAUUGGAGGCCCCCUGCGGUGUGGAGGAGCACGUUGGCCCCGCUUUCGACUCUCUGAGUGACGUCCAGGCACCCCCCACAGAGCCCCCCUCCUCUUUGAGCCCUCCUCUCACCUCGCCCACUCACUCUCCACCCCCUAACGGCCUGGACGCCCCCUCCUCACCACCUGCUUCCCCCAGCGUCAGCCCUCCUCCUCCUCCAGCCUCCUCUGCUCCGGCUCCUUCCUCCCUGGAGCUCCUGGCCGCCAUGACCCCCGAGGCCUUCUCCAUGGAGGGCGGGGGCAAAGGGAAGCAGCGGGUGACCAAGCAGAGCUUCCUGCAGCCGGCAGAGGGUCAGGGGAUCCACGGGACCCCCCGGGGGGAGGAAGGAGACGACCCCCUCGGCAGCCUGGACCCCCUGUGGAGCCUCGGGAAGCCCUGAGAGCAGAGCCUGUUUCCACUUUAACACCAGGCCUGUAGCGCUUUGUAAUCCUGCUUUUUAAGUAGAAAAACACACUGAAUCCUGGGACAUUUUAGCAGAGUUGACCAUGACGUGCCUGGUGGGGGCGGACGGCGGGGGUUCAGUCGUGAAGUUUGAAACACAAACACACUUUCCUUUCAUCACCGGUGGCUUCUGGGAGCAGAUCACUAUGCACUCGUCUGUUUUCCUUCUGUCGCUCUUUGCUGCUUUUUAUUUGUCUGUAUGGAUGUUCUGCACUCCCACAUCUGGGCCCAGAAAGAAGAGAAAAAACCCAGCAUGCACUCCACUUUCAUUUGGUGUUUAACUGGAAUAAUGGAUGCGUGGAGGUCAUAGGAGCUGGGUGGAGCGAUCUUGAAAACACCUUGAACUCAAUCAGUGGUCACACAAAUCAGCACGUCUUAACAAGUGUAUUCGUUCUUUUCUUCCUCUGUAACACUGUAAAUAUCUUAAUAAAUAAAGUUAGACUAUUCCCAAUGUCCUUCUGGUAAAUUUCACAAACUAAUCAUUCAUUAUUGUAAAGGAAAAUGAAAUAAAUCCAGUAGACAAGACA